UGCUCAGCUCAGGGUUGGAUGACCCAAAUUCCGUUGUGGGCUCUGUUGGGUGCGAUGGACCUUCGCAUUCGUAACGCCCACAUGGUUGUUUAUUGAUGUUUUCCUUAAAUCUGUGUGUGUGUGGUUCGGAGGAGGUGAACAAGCUUGAGAAUUGAGCUGGUUUAGUAAUUUGGACAUUCGAGGGGAGAAAUUUGCUGGUGGACAUGGCGACGCUGAAUUUGGGGGCGAUGCUGAAUUUGGGGGCGAUGAGCUCUAUCUGCUGCAGUCGUUCUUGCAUGCCCUUGGCUAGCCCUUCUUUGGGUGGAACAAGCCAGUCAUUUUGUCGAAUCAACAAGCAAUACCUGAGCGCAAAGACGGUUCCAAUAAGCGGUAGGAAAGUCUGCAGACUAUCUGCAAUCCCACAGGCUUCAUCAGCAGUUGAAAGAGAAGCAAAGAAGUCAUCUGACGAUAGCCUGGAAGCUGCUGUUAAAGCAAUUGAAUUCACGGGCGUGCAUCACGUAGGUUUGCUCUGUGAGAGCGUUGAGAAAUCACUUGAAUUUUAUUGUGGCUUACUGGGUCUUGAAAUUAACCCAAAUCGACCUAAUGACAAGCUCCCUUAUGGGGGUGUCUGGUUAAAUGUUGGGUCACCGUCUCAAAUGAUACACUUGAUGGAGUUGCCCAAUCCAGAUCCCAAAGAAGGUCGCCCAAAACAUGGUGGGCGGGAUCGCCAUGCAUGUGUCUCGGUUAAGGAUGUUAUGAAAAUAAAGGAAGUAUUUGAUAGAGCUGGUGUUACUUACACGUUCAGCCAGUCUGGACGACCAGCCCUCUUUGCAAGGGACCCUGACGGCAAUGCUCUGGAGUUUUCUCAGAUGUAAUAUGUUUUGUGGCAGAUGAAAAACAUUCAUGGUUAAGAUCCACUGUAUCUUCUAGGUCUCCUAUCGCAGAAGUACUUAGCACUGCCCUUCUAUUAUCAAACAUUAAUGUUACAACCAUAUGACCAUUUUAAUAUUAUUUGUACAGACAUGAUACUUGUAAUGUAUAGGUUGUCAAUCCAGUCGGGGUGUUCCUGCAGUUGAAGCUUAGGAGCACAUUAUUUAACUCUAAUCGAUGACACAAUUCAGAUUUUAAAUAGUAAAAAGCGAGAUGGGGCUUGCAUGUUCUGGACUCGCAUCUUUCAGCGCUC